CCCGCUCCUCAAAAUAGAAGCAAAACCGUCAAAACAUAAACAGAGCAGUCGACCUUGUUUGAACGCCGCUUCGUUGGUUUUCUGAGAACUUGACGCACAAUGCGGCGUCUUUUGUGCCACAUUCUGACCGGCCGAGGCGCCGUGUGACGAUCGCUAAACUGCCAAAUAAAAGAUUAAAAGGACUGAGCUGAAAGAGAGAGAAAAAAAAAGAAGAACUACGCUGUCGGGCCUGCGAGUCGAGACUCGCCUUCACGGACGUCAUGGCGGAAACUGAAGGCAAAUCCGCAGCGCUCAACGGGGCCUCUGGGGAGGAAGAAGCCGGGGGAGAUCAACAGAAAGACGGGGAAGCCUGUGGGAGCAAAGAUGGAGCCAAACACACUGACAAUGGAGAGGCGUCGGGUGACAGGAUCGCGCUGGAAAGCGAGCUGGAUGAGGAGGAAAACGAGGAGGAGGAAGAGACAGACAGCAUGGAUGGCAGCGGCCUCUUUUCCCUGACUGAGGACGGCGAACGAGAGAGCGAGGGAGGCGGACCAGAGAGGACGAAGGAUGGCGGGAGAAGGGCCGCCCGGAAGCGGAACAGACCCUGCGGCGGUGGUGCCGGCAACAACAACAAUCGUUCCUCCAGCUCGGACGAGGACGACGAAGAGGAGCUGAAAGAUGAGGAAGAGGCGGAGGAGGAGGAAGAGGACAACGACGAGGCGAUGGAGGCAUGGCUGGGCGCCGAGCUGCGGGAUCUGCGCGGGCCGGCGUGGCGCGCCAUCCCCUCGCUGCGCUGCCGUGAGAUCGGCCGGGACUCGCGGCAGUUCGUGAGGCGCGUGUGCGGCGCCCGCGGCCUGGUGCAGAGGCUGGAGCUGCAGGGCCGGCUGGAGAGGCACUCGGGCUGCGUCAACACGUUGCACUUCAACCCGUCGGGCACGCGCCUGGCGUCCGGCAGCGACGACCUCCGCGUGGUCAUCUGGGACUGGGCCAUCCGGCGUGCCGAGCUGGAGUUCGACAGCGGGCACAAGAGCAACGUCUUUCAGGCGAAGUUCCUACCUCACAGUGGCGACUCCACCCUGGCCAUGUGCGCCCGGGACGGUCAGAUCCGUGUGGCAGAGCUGUCCGCCACCCAGCGCUGCAAGAACACCAAGAGGGUGGCGCAGCACAAAGGGGCCGCACACAAGUUGGCCCUGGAGCCCGACUCUCCGUGCUCCUUCCUGUCGGCGGGAGAGGACGCCAUGGUGUUCGGAAUCGAUCUGAGGCUCGACCGCCCCGCCAGCAAGCUUGUGGUGGUGAAGGAGGGUGACAAAAAAGUGGGCCUCUACACCAUCUUCGUCAACCCGGCCAAGACGCAGCACUUUGCGGUCGGUGGGAGGGAUCAGUAUGUCCGGAUUUACGACCAGAGGAAGAUCAACGAGAACGACAACAAUGGCGUGCUGAAGAAGUUCUGCCCGUCGCAUCUGGUGUCCAGCGAGUCCAAAACCAACAUCACCUGUCUGGUGUACAGCCACGACGGCACAGAGCUGCUAACUAGUUACAACGACGAGGACAUCUAUCUGUUUGACUCCAACCACAGCGACGGCGCAGACUACUGCAGAAGAUACAAGGGACACCGCAACAAUGCCACAGUGAAGGGCGUCAACUUCUACGGGCCGUGCAGCGAGUUUGUGGUGAGCGGCAGCGACUGCGGACACAUCUACCUGUGGGACAAACACUCGGCCCGCAUCGUCCAGUUCAUGGAAGGCGACAGAGGCGGAGUGGUGAACUGCUUGGAGCCGCACCCCCACCUGCCCGGCAUGGCCACCAGCGGCCUGGACCACGACAUCAAGCUGUGGGCCCCCACCGCCGAGAGCCCCACUGGACUCAAGGGCCUCAAAGAGGUGAUGAAGAAGAACAAGCGAGAGCGCGACGAGGAUAGCGUGCGGCACGGCGAUCAGUACGACACUCAGCUGCUGUGGUUCCUGAUGAGACACAUGAGGAACCGACGGCCCCCGAGGACCCGGCGCGAGGGGGCCGACGCUGACACGGACGAGUCCUGGAGCUCGCCGGACACCUCCGAUGAAGAGGAGGGGGGUCCGGACCAUGUCCAGUGCAUGUCCUCAUGAGCCACACACGCACACACGCUCAUAUAUACUACAGACACUGUCCGAUAAAAAGCAGGUAUGUCCACGUUUUGUGUCCCCCCCAAAAAAAAAAAAAAUCCCCAACAAAAAAUCCACUAAAAGUUGGACAAGUAGAACCCCACCCCAGCAAAUUUGUUGAACAAAUUUUGUGAUUUUUGGGUCAGAAAAAAAAUACAAAAAUGUUUAGGACAAUGAAGACAAUUCAAAAUUUGGUGUACAAAUUUUGUGAUUGAUUGUGUCUUUAAAAAAAAAAAAAAAAAGACGAAUUGUUUGUCCGUAUAAACAAAACAAAAUGUUUCAGACCAUAGAUUUAAGAGAAAAACAUAACAAAAAAAAGUGUGAUUUGUGUAUAAAUAAACCCCCCAACAAAUAUGUUUUAGACAAUAAGAAAAGAAAUUAGCAAAUUUUGUGUGGGUUUUUAUUGAAUCCAAAACUAGAAAAAGAAAGGAAUGGGGGGGGGGGGGGGUCAACUGGUGAUUUUGUGUCCAAAAGAAACAAGAAAAAUGUUUUGGGCAAUAAGAGAAAAAAAAAGACAAGAUUUGCCGUCCAAAUAUGGUAGUUUGCGUCUCCAAUUUGUAAUUUUUCUCUUUAAAAAAAAAAAAAAAAAAAGAAUGCUUUUCAUUUGACAGUGAGGAUACAUAUAUUGGAUUAUACAGUGCAAUUUCUUUUGCCCUGAAAUUGUUGAACACAGGCAAGCAUUACUGACACACGUGCAUCGUCGUCGCUGUCCAUUAAAAUCAUGUAUGUCUAGAUUUUGAGUCCACUCCCAAAAAACACAAUAAUGUUUCAGGCAAUUUAUGAAUACAAAACAGAAAAAUGGUUGUGAUUUUUGUGUCCAAAAAUGUUUCAGCCCAUAAGGGGGGCGUGACGGAGACGGAAUAUUUUAUCACCACACACAUAUUUGGGACAAUGGAGAUCCCCGCCCCCCCCCCCCCCCCCCCCCCCCCCCCCCCACUAAACUUGGGCGCUACAUGCUUUUCAUUGGACAACCAUGAUACAUAAAUUCACUCUUUUACACACUGGCACACAUACAAAUCAGCCAUAGUGAUGGCGCAGGACGCUGGCCGCUGUACGAAGACGUCAAGUUGUUUCCGAUGUCUCAUUUUUCUGACUGCUGCCUCCAAAUGUUCACCAGCACGUAGCCGCCCUCCUUCCCAUCGGAGUGAUCAAGUUCGAUCCCUGCCACAUUGCUGCCCCCCCAAACUACUGAGUGCACUUUGAAUCAGGGAUGUUGCAGUUUGACAAAUGCACUAAAAAGAGGGAUUUUUCUGUUUUGUCGGGGGUCUUUUUGUUUCCCAACACUUGUAGGUAUUUCUUUUCCCCCUACUUAAGCUUCUUCCUGUUGCCUCCAUCUUUUGACAGGAAGUUCCACUCGCCUCCUUCACUGCAUACACCACGGAUCGGAUUUGGUAAACCUUGAGAAGGUGGGUCACGUACGGCCCCCAGUUGCUAAAUUACAAGCAGCUGAUAGGCUGGAAUUGGGGGCAGGGGAUUUUAGGGAGGGAGGUGGUCUCUUUGGACAGUCUGCUUGCCCGUUCUUUGUGGUGUGAGAGCGAUUGAAGCGCGGCUUUUUUUUUUCUCGUUUUCUGAGAACUCUUAGUCGAAUUGUACAUAUAUAAAUAUGAAAACUGUAUAAAAAAAUAAACAUUUAGAAGACGCUGUUUGAUGUCACACAAGGUUGAUUGGUUAACACUGCAGAUGUUUAUAUUGGAUACAGAGCCAACAUGCACCCUUAUGUUCUAACUGUCCUUUACAGUAUUAAAGAAAGUUUCCAUUGUAAACAGUACUGUGUUUCAUUUUGAGAACUGAAUUCAAAAUUUCCCAUCCACAGGCUUAUCAUAGAAGAUCUGGUUCUGUUGGAAUUCUGUUGAAGAAUUUGUGCAAUAAAACAAAAACGGUACUCUUGAUGCUACUUGUCAUCCUGUUUGGUAUUACACAAAUGUCUCAUUAAACUGACUGAUGUAAUAGUGA